AAUGUUAUACUGGAAUAUAUGUUACCAGAAAAAGCUGAUGAAAGAAAAUUUUGCGAAACUAUUUGGGAGAAAUCGAAGAACUUUGAUGAUCUGAGUAUUUAUGAGGUUUGUGUUCGAAAUAUCACCACAGAAACACCGUACUGGCCGAAUAAAUUGCGCAUCCUACCAAAAGGCAAAGCAUGGGCUCGCGAUACUUGGCUUACCGAUUCGAUGUGGGGCAAACAGGAUUUCAUACUUCAUGGCUGGCAAAAACGAAGAGUUGAUGGGGUGAUGUUCGCCGGUUGGCCAUCGCCGUUUUCAUCACAUCAGCUAAAUAUUUCACAAUGUACCGGUGAAAAUGCCACCAUGAACUGGAAAUAUAAGGAUACAUUUGUACGGAGUGAAGCGGAGGUAGAUAACUGGCUCGAUAAAGCAAUCAGGAGC